AUGCCUCACGCUGCGCCUUCUCGCUUUCCGCCUACAGCCACGUCCGAUCUCGAAGCCGGCGCAGUCCUCAAACUCGGCGAGUUCCAGAACGAAGUCACGCUCAACCUGUCGGAGGCUAGAAUCAUCUUGCAAAAGACCCUCGCCACUCGCGCGGCACGAGGCGGGCGCUACGAGGAGACCGAAACCACGGCGAAGACGCGGGACUACCUUGAAAUCUUUGCCGUCUUCAAAGAGCUUGCCGAGGCGCAACAAGUCGAGGGAAUCAUCAAUUCUUACGGUGACAACCUGGAACGCUUUGAGAAAAGUCAGCUGGGAAGCUUGGUGCCGACGUGCUCGGACGAAGCGAAAGCCUUGAUCCCAAGUCUGGAGAAGAAGGUCGAGGACGGUGUUGUCUCUGAGGCCGAGUUGGAGGGCAUUUGCAGGGAAUUGCAGAGGCUGAAGAGACAGGCACAGUUGUGA